AUGAAAUUGCGUUUUGAGUCCCUAUCGGACGACUCAGAUGAGCUCUGGCCGUCAGAUAUGGAAGGACGAUUUAUGCUCAGUUGGAUUCUGAUUUCUGGUUUGAUAGGUUCUCUUUGUUUCCCGUUGGCCAUCUACAUAAUUGGAUUUACAUUCAAAGGAGUCAUGGGAUCGUCACCAGCCUCGAGAUUUCAGAGUUAUCAUUACGGCGGUGAAACAGGGGGAUGUUUCAGCUGCUGUCAGUCAUUAGGGACAAAACUCAACACCAUGGCCAUCAUCGGAUUCAUCAUCGGAGCCAUAUCUGGUGGAUUCGUUGCACAUGAAAUUUAUGAAAAUCACCAUUAG